UACGGCCUAAAAUCGUCAUGUCUGGAAUCUUCUCUGUUUACGUUGGAAACGCUCCAUUCCAGACCACCGAGGAGGAGCUUGGAAACUUCUUCAGCAGCAUCGGACAAAUCAACAACGUCAGAAUCGUCUGUGAUCGCGAAACCGGACGUCCACGUGGAUUCGCCUUCAUCGAGUUCGCCGAGGAAGGAUCCGCACAGAGAGCCGUCGAGCAGAUGAAUGGAGCCGAGUUCAAUGGAAGACCACUCCGCGUCAACCUCGCCAACAAAUAAGUUGAUCUUCAUAUCGGGUUUUUGUUACUUUUUUGCUCUUCACUGAUCUCAUUAUUAAUAACAAUCCAAUGAAACUAUCGAUUU